CAGAAGCGCUUUAGUCUGCUUCCGACACUCGGCGGUUUCGCAGAGCCUCCAAGAUGCUUCGCAAUCUGUCCGCGUGUCUUAUAUCGUUUUUUGGGCUCUGGUGCCUGACCCACACUCACUCCCAGCGUCUGCCCCUAGAAGGCGAUACGAUCCGCUCUCCCGUCGACCGCGACAUAGUCUUUCCGAAGCUGGACGCAGGACCAGGCCAACCCCAGGAGAAGAUGUGGUUUCGCAUAGCCGACUUUCAGUUUGAUCGGGAGGAGAUCCUGACCAAUCCCAAGCCCAGGCGCCACCCCCCGCCUCCAGGGCCUGGCCAGCCCUUCCCGCCGCCCCCCGGGGGCUUUAAAAAGAAAAAGAAGAACAGUCAACGCCGCCUCUGCGAGCAGAAAUAUUCCGAAUACGUGGAACGCAUCUUUCCCAAUGAUACCGCGGUGGCUGCCGAUGCCAACGACGCAGAUUUCGAUGGUCGGAUCCUGGCCAGGCCCGGUGAAUACCCACACAUGGCUGCCGUGGGCUUCGAGUCGGAGAGAGGGCGAGUCGACUACAAGUGUGGCGGCAGCUUGAUAAGCGAGAGAUUCGUGCUUACCGCCGCCCACUGCACCUUCAUAUACGAGAAGGCCCCCAAGUGGGUGCGCAUCGGGGUCCUCAACCUGGUCACCGAGAGGCGGUCGGCGGAGGCCCAACUGCUUCGAAUUCAGAAAGUGCUCGCACACCCCAAUUACAACAAAGAGAUGUACUAUGACGACAUAGCCUUACUUAAGCUGGAGAACGAAGUGGAACUGACGGAAUUCGUCAGACCCAUCCGCCUGUGGGUUUACCCAGAGCUGCCCACGACGAUAGCCUUCGCAAUGGGGUACGGCGCCACUAGCUUCGCCAAGGCCAUGACGAACCGGCUCACAAAUCUUAACCUGACCAUAGUGCCGAACGACGAGUGCAACGCCGAGCUGCCGUCUCUGGCUGAGACUCCCAAUGGAGUUCUGGAAAGCCAGAUCUGCGCCCAGGACUAUAUUCUCAACAGAGACACCUGCCAGGGCGACUCGGGCGGACCCCUGCAACUGAAUUUGCCGGGUCGCCGCCGGCGGCAUAGAAUACACUAUCACCUGAUCGGCAUUACCUCAUACGGCGUGUUCUGUCGCAGUAGUUACCCAUCAGUUUACACCAGAGUGACUUCCUACUUGGACUGGAUCGAACUAACUGUGUGGACCUGACAGAUGCCCACAUGGGAAUCGUAUGCUUUCAGUAAUAUGUUUACUUUCAUUAGAUAUCCACUUUUCGACACUUCCCAUAACAACGGACAUGGCCCGUUCAACUAAACAAGAAUCUACAUAUUUAAUUGGUUCGUUAGCCUUCGAGUAGCAGGAAUAAAAACUGAAGAGAUCGAAUUUUCCUUUAACAGAAAUUUUUUUAUUU